CCAGAAAGGGAGGGGAAGGACAGAGAGGGAAAGAAAAAGGAAGCUCUCCGAUACGUUUUUUUUGUAUGUAUUUCUACAAAGUUACACAAACUUUCACCAACCAAAGGCAUGACUGAUCUUGUGGGGAUCAACUUGCCGAAGAGGGAGAUCUGAAGGAAGGGACGGACAGCAGUUUGUCAGCAGUUGUGCACAGCUGAUGACAACAUCACAUAUUAACACUUUUUAAGGCCUUGGGCCUCGAGUAACCAAACAGAGAGAAAAAGAGACCAUGUCCUCUGAACUGAACUCCAGUCUCACCAGUAUCGACUGGCUGCCUCAGCUGGGAAUCAGCAGCCUGCGCUCGGGGAGAGACAGAGGAGGAGAGAGGGACAAGAAGAGAGACAGAGGGAGGGAGAGGGGAGACUUCCUCCCCUCUCUGCCGGACCCCUCCCACUCUAACUACAAAGGGAAACCCCCUCACAGCUAUGCCACUCUAAUCGCCAUGGCAAUAGCAGCUGCACCUGAGAGGAAGUUGAGUUUGAACGACAUCUACACCUGGAUCAGUGACACCUUCCCCUACUAUAGCCGAGCUGGCCGCGGCUGGAAAAACUCAAUUCGGCAUAAUCUGUCCCUUAAUAAAUGCUUCAGGAAAGUUCCUCGACCACAGAGUGACCCCGGCAAGGGCUCCUAUUGGACAAUGGAUGGACCUGCAGAGAUGAAUCAAGUGAGGGCGCCUAAACGUCCCUAUCCAGAGGAGGAAGAGGAGAGGCAGGACGUUCCUGUAGAGACACAAGCGGAGAGCAGAGCUUCUCCUCAUCAACAUCCACCUCCACCCUCACACAGAGACCACCAGCUCACAGAGCCUCUGGGAGCCAUCCAGCAGCAGCCUCCCCACUUUGCCUCCCUUUCCCCUCCCCCAUGCAAGCAACCAUCACCCUACAUGCCAAGCCCUGUGUCCUCUCACUCUGUCCAUAAUCAAUCUCCUGCUGCCCCUAUGUCUUCUAUCCAUUCCUUUUCACCUCACCAUCCACCUGGACCAACUUUUACCCCCCCUCCUUUAUCUGCUGCCAAUAUGUCUUCUCCUUCAGCUCAUUCUUUCUCCAAUGCCCCAUUGUCCUAUCCUGCUAAUUCAGUUUCUGGUCCCAUUUUCACCUGCGCUCCUACCGCAGUGCCUGUUUGCACUGUGUCCGCCCCCCCUCACUCCCCUGCGUGUGGGGUCCCUUCAUUUGUUGCUGGUCCUCCUGUGGUCUCAGUGAACUCCUCCGAGCCUCAGCUGCUUUUCACCUUCGACGAGAUGAUCUUGCCAGACUUGUAUGCGUCUUUCAAGUCUAUCUUCAAGACCAUGCGGGACAGGGGUGGCUCACAGUCGGAUGUUGCUCCACUGGCUCCUCUGAACAACGACACUACCCCACUUCACACUCCAACUCUGCUGCCAUUUUCCCCUCACCCUGCACCACCAGCAGCAGCACCUCCACCUGCAGCUCCUCAUGUAGCUCCACCUGCAGCACCUCAUGUAGCACCUCCAUCAGCUCCACACCCUCCUGAGACUGAGCGCAUUCCACAAUACACGGUGCCAGCUGACUGGUUCAGUAACCCUGAUUCUCUGAAGGAGAGCUUCCGCAUUGCCAGCAGUCUAGACUGGGCCAACAUCGACCUCUCUGGUCACCCAGACCUGCUGGAGGGCAUGCGGCAGGCGGAGCUCUGUGAUUGGGCACUGGACCCGACGCUCUUCACGUCCCUCUGCGACUCUCUGAACCGCUUCUUCACUCAGAAAGGCAUGAUUACCUCUGGGAGUAACUCCCCCCUGGCCCUCGGGGGUCCUCACCCCCUACACGGCCCACCAUUCACCUCCAAUCCGCCUCCUACCCUCGCCAGCCUGACUCACCCCUCACCCCUCCCUUACUCUCCCAUAGUUCACCCCGUCAGUGGAGUGCAGCCCCCCCGUAGGGCUCCGCACAUGCAGGGCCAAAGACCUCAGCUCACACAACCUGCAAACACAACCGCUGGGAUGCAGCCUCAGUCCAUGACACCACGACAGCGUCCUCCAUUGAAGAAUCUGCACAGCAACAGUGAGGAGAUCCAGGACGACUUUGACUGGGACUCUCUGCUAGGUUGAGCCUGACUUCCAGUUUAAAACAGAACUUAUCAGAGAAAUGUGGCUCUUUAGUCUCACAGCCGUCUCCACUAAACUCUAUGCAGGGGCUGCCUUACUUUCGUAUCUUGAAGCUUCUCUGAGAGCAAGUUUGGGAUCAAGUGUGUCACAUUCAACUGAAUGCUGUAUUUUAAGGUUAAAUAGUUGUACAAAUUAUUCACCUUAACAUAGCUGUUUUAACUUUUGUUUAGCUUUUCUUCUGCAGGCUGUUUUUUUCUGUUGGAUUUUAGCUUUUAAAAACAUGUUCACCAAAGAAAAUAAACUGUAAAUAUAUUCUUAUCAAAUUAAAUACAUAUGGGAUGCUUGGAUAUAAACAAUAAACACAUAACAAGCAUGAAACAAGCCAAA